CACUGAACGAAAGUCGUUCGAAAAUACCUUUCGAAAAUAAGAAAGUCGUUCGAUAAACCAUCACCAAAUAUCUCUAGCGAAACGAUUCAACGACUCUCUCUGGCUUUCUCUCUCUCCUUCUUUACAGAUAUAUUUAGCAAUUCUAAUAAAUCUCACGGGUACGCUUCCUCGGAACUCAACCUCUUGGAUCAACUGAAAUUUGUUUAAACUUUCACUAUUUAGGUUUCGAAAUUCUGGUUUUGAGGGCAUUGUAACUGAGAGGGACUCUGGAUACGUUAGAGCCAAACUUUUUGCUUCAUGGCAAGAAUAAAACCUCAAACUUUACUACUUCAAAGCAAAAAGAAGAAGGGACCUACUCGUAUUAGUGUCACUACCAUUAUUUUAUGCAACUUGAUUAUCGUGUUGAUAGUAUUGUCCUUGGUUGCUACAUACAGGCAUUGGUCUCAAAGGUCAAGAUACCAAGCGAGGACUGAAUUUUCAAAUUUUGAGGAUACUGAUUCGUUUGUAGAUGUAAAGAAGUACGAUCUCCCUGGUUAUGCUAUUUUCAAUACAUCAAAAGGUUAUAUAACAGUGGAGCUUUACAAGGAUGGUUCUCCAGAGAUUGUGGACAAAUUCCUCGAUUUAUGUCAAAAGGGGCACUUCAAAGGGAUGCUUUUCCAUCGCGUAAUAAAAAAUUAUGUGAUUCAGGGAGGGGAUUCCCAAGGACUUGGAGCUGCUGAAGAUUGGACGUCAAAAGGGAAGCAUCAGAGUCGACUUGCUAUAAGUCCAAAGCACGAAGCAUUUAUGCUAGGAACAUCAAAGACAAAAGAAGAUGGAAAAAGAUUUGAUCUGUUUAUUACGACUGCACCGAUACCAGAUUUAAAUGAUAAACUUGUAGUGUUUGGACGGGUCAUUAAGGGAGAGGAUGUAGUGCAGGAAAUUGAGGAAGUGGACACAGACGAACACUAUCGACCUAAAUCUCCUGUUGGGAUCAUCAGCGUUGCUUUGAGGCAUGAAACUUGAAGAGCUCUUCUUUGCCUGGUGGAGAAUGUUUUACGCGGCAUGUGGCCCUUAGAAGUUGUAUGAUCUAGUUCUUUACGAUGUACUAAAUUUCACAUCCCUUCCCCUUUCCUCGGGUUCUUUCCGUCCCCCCCCACCCCCGCUGGGGGUGGGUUACUCUGUUUAGGUCUUGGGUGUUGUUCAUUAACUCUUUUUUUUUUUUUUUUGGGUGAGGGGGUGUUCAUUAACAUGGGAUGAGCUGCAUAUGGCAUUUGGUUGAUUUGAUUUUAUCUAAUCAUGUAGAUGUGUAGUUAUCACUUUUUUCAUUUUUAAGUACUGAAUUUGUAAAACUGGAAAUUUAACGACAGACAUGGAAGUUCAAAUUAUAUUUCAAUAUGAUCUUUCAAUUAA